AUGGCCAUGAAAAGUGAGUCUUUGUUACCGUAUUUCACAGCCCAAAGUCGUUCUGGAGCGGGCAUGUUUAAUACCGCCAUGGGGAAGUUACAGCGACAUCUGUACAAAGGAGAGUAUGAUAUAUUCAAGUAUGCACCCAUAUUUGAGAGCGACUUUAUCCAGAUCACCAAAAGGGGAGAAGUGAUUGACGUGCACAACCGUGUCCGAAUGGUGACUGUAGGCAUUGCAUGCACCAGUCCCAUUCUCCCACUCCCUGAUGUCAUGCUGCUGGCCCGACCAGCCAUGGGCUUUGAUGAAUUUGCUGGACGUGGCCAAACCACCAAAGGAAGAAAACACAAGUCAGCAAAGAACUUGGAGCUUACCAGGCUCCUUCCCUUGAAGUUUGUAAGGAUCUCCGUCCAUGACCAGGGGAAACAACAGCUGCGCCUCAAGUUUGCCACUGGUCGUUCUUGUUACCUGCAGCUGUGUCCUUCUGUUGACGUUCGGGAAGAUCUCUUUGCUUAUUGGGAAAAACUAAUUUACCUCCUGCGACCACCUGUGGAUAGUAACAGCAGUACCUAUGCCAUCCCAGCUGAGGACAUGAUAUGCAUGCCUGCAUUUGAAGAAGAGGACAGGAAGAGCCUGGCAACUGCUGAUUUCCAAGGAAAAGGGGACCAGGACCAGGUCAGUGUCAGGAGCCUCAACGUGGUCUCUGAUGUGCACGGGGCCACUUCUGCUGCUUAUGCAGGGGGGGAGGGACUCCAGCAUGACUCCCACAAAUCCAUUCCCAUGUCUGAUGGAUCUAACCCCCAAACAAAAUCUAUAGACCUUGCCAAAGAAUCAGCAACAGGAGCUGUAGCAGGCACUUUAAGUGUAGUAGUAAGUAAGUCUGCUGGACAGAUAAGUGCAGCCAUAGCAGGAGGGGCUGUUACAGGUGCAAGAAGAAGCAAAAGCCACAUAGCCAUUGCAGGCACUGGGAAGAUGUCCCCAAAGAGCCUUAAGGUUGCCUUAGCAGGUGCAGCAAGCAAAUCCUUGGAGAAUAUUUCCAGCACAGUCGCCAAUGUCUCCCCACAGGGUAGCAUGACUGUGGCAAUUGCAAGAGUAUACCCUACUAACAAGACUGCUGGGGAAACAGAAAAUGACUCAGCAGCAGGACCUCUCACCUCAUCCUUGUCGAGGGAAAGCCCUACACAUGGACAGACUGAACAGCAGACAGUCUCUCCCAUCAGUGCUGAAGUCCACAAGGAAAAGAGGGAAAGAAGGGAGCGGAGAGAAAAGGACAGAGCUCACCAUCACCACCACAGGACAGGUGAAAGUCAUCGCAAGACAGGGGGGGACAAGACAGCCAGAAAGUCAUCAGACCACAUUGCUGCUAGAGGUGACAAUAAGGAAAAAAGCCAGGGUAGCCCUCGGGAUGACAGUCACAGCAGCUCCCACAAAGGCAUAAGCCACAUCCCUAUCACAAAGGAGUCAAGGACCUCCCACAAGCCCGGGAAGAACUUUCCCACUGGGAGUUCAGCUUCUACAGGCAAGAGACUCAGCAAGAUCAGCUCUUUCUUGAGGAACAUCAGAGCCAACGUUACUACCAAAGGGGGAGCCUCACCGCGUGACAGAGACAUCAUGGCUAAGACCGUGGGGAAGACGAACAUGGAGACCAUCAUAGAGGCAGCAGAGAGUGACCAGGCACUGGAGAUCACUGGUUCUGUGACAUCUGAGAUCAUGGAAUCAAUGACCUUUGAAGCCCAUUAA